AUGGACACCGCUAGCGCGUUCGUCCCGGCAUAUACCACCCUCCUCCCUGUGAUCGUUUGUGCCGUCUCAUUGGUUUACCUGCGGUCGCUCCUUGACUGGGGAGCACGCUCGCGGGGCCUCCCUCUACCACCGGGUCCGACGCCUUUACCUAUCGUCGGCAAUGUACUGGGUUUACCGAAGAACAGGCCUUGGUUGGGAUUUCGUGAUAUGACCAAGGAUUACGGUGAUCUCAUGUAUUUUCGGGUAUUCGGUCAGGGGCUGCUGGUGAUUGGGAAUGCAGAGCUUGCCCACGAGUUUCUCGACAAACGUUCGGCCAUUUCCUCGGACCGACCUUCAAACUUGGUGAUAAAACUCUCGGGUCAAGAUUUGAACUUCGGUCUCUUCCCGUACAGCCCGCUUUGGAGGCAACACCGGCGCGAGUUCUGGCAGUUUUUCAAUCCAGGGGUGAUUUCCAGGUACCAGCCGAUGCAGCUCACGGAGGGGCACAAGUUCCUCGGCAAAGUUCUGAAGUCGCCAGAGCGGUUGAAGGACCACAUACACCACUUGUUCACAGGAACCAUCAUCAAGGUCGUUUACGGCAUCGAUAUCGUAGACGAGAAUGACCCGCGUAUCGUUAUGCCGCACAACGCCUUGGACGCCAUACGGAGGGCUACCCCCGGCCGUUUCCUGGUGGAAACCUUCCCAUUUUUGCGCUACGUGCCCGAGUGGUUCCCGGGAGCGGGAUUUCAAAAGAUUUUCGCCGAGAGCAAGACGGCGAACGAUUACUUGAAGCACGCCCUGUUCGAUGAGACCAAGGCGGUGCUGGAGCGGGGCGAAUCCCGACCUUGCGUCGUCGCCGAUAUGCUGACCAGAGCGAAGACGGACGACACUGAACCGGGCAACAUCUCAAAGGAGAAAGAGGAGCUGCUAAAGAAUGUAUGCGCGACUGCCGUUGACGGAGGAUCGGACACGACCUACUCGAUCUUACAAGCGGUAUUCGUCGCGAUGUCCCUCUACCCUGUCGUGCAACGGAAAGCGCACGCGAUACUGGACGCUGUCGUAGGGCCCGACCGCCUCCCCGACUUCGGCGACAGCGAGGCGCUCGCUUAUAUCCAUGCGAUAGUGAAAGAAACGUUUCGCUGGAACGUCGUUGCGCCGCUCGGCAUCGCGCACAAAACUAUGCAGGACGACGAGUUCGGCGGGUACUUUAUCCCCGCGGGCACCACGGUGCUCCCGAACGCAUGGGCCAUGCUACACGACCCCGCAGCGUACGAGGACCCGGACGAGUUCCGCCCGGAACGGUUCCUGCGCGAUGGUCAGCUCGACCCGACCGUUCUCGACCCCGCGUCAUUCGCGUUCGGGUUUGGCAGGAGGAUCUGCGCCGGACGGUACUUCGCAUUUGGGUCGCUGUUCAUCACCGUUGCGUGCGCGCUGCACGUAUUCGACAUUGGUCCGCCGCUCGAUGCGGACGGGGUGCCGAUCCACAUUACGUUCCAGCAGACGCACGGAGUCCUGUCAUACCCCGAAGAUUCCCGCUGCACCGUCAAACCGCGAUCGAAACGGGCGGAGGCGCUGAUAUUAGCCGCACAAGACCUGGGAGGACUGUAA